AUGACCGUCACGAAGUCGAGGUCUCUGGACUUCUCUGCUCAUACUCCCUCGAACUCCAACACACCAGCACCGCGUUCUGCCCCGAGACACAUACCUAUUUAUCUUGAGAAUGAUUCCGUGAGGAAGAUCUCGCCCGUUUUCCUGGUGACGACCAGAUCCGAGAUCUCACUGCCUUCCCAACAGACCAUCUCACUAUCAGCUCAGACCGAGAUGAUGGAGACGGACGAGAAAGACACGCUUCACGCGUCCACCAGCGGCCGAAUAAUGGAUCGCAACAUCAGGAAGGGUAACCUCUCCAUAUUUUCCUCACGUCUCGGUGGCGAGAAGCGAUAUGACCCUCCGCGAAAAGUCACUCCAGAGGGGUCGUCCGUGAAGGAUAUCGUGAAAUGGCUUGAGUCAACGAGCACGACAACCGAGAAGCCGUCAGCAUUCCCUCAGGCGAGCGAGGAUAUUCAGGGUGACUGUAAGGGGCUAGUGAGCAGAGAUGAAGACUCAUCCUCACCCAACCCCUCUCCGCCGCCUGAGCGCGCAGCGUCCCCUGAUCAGGUCGCCCAAACAGCGCAGCCCAGCACCGAGACAGAGGAAUACUCCCUCACUCUGCUAAGGUACAAGAAGUAUUUCAACAACAGACCUCUUGCAAGGUGUCUCGACGUCGCCCCCGAGCCGCUCAAGGGCAAGGAUGAGCUGUCAAAGGAGACUCGACGUAAGAACCUCAGACGAACGAGCUCCAUCCAACAGCUUGAGGCGCUGAUGUCUGACCUGUCGGAUAUGAGCAUUGACAAGACUGUGCCGCCUCUACCGACCACUGAGCAGCGAGAUCCCAAGGACGUCAAGGAGUUCUAG